AAGUGGAGCGCUGCAUCAGUGACAUCCUAGACUCUCCUGUCCAGGACCCCCAGACUGCACUUACCUCUGCUGUUCACAACAAGACUGUGGAUUUGUUUGAAAUGAUUGAAAAAAUGCAGGGGAGUCGUCUGGAUGAGCAAAGAUGUUCUCUCCCAACUCCGCUCAAGAGAGAAGAGGAGUAUAUCCCAUACCCCAGCAUCCAUGAGGUGUUACGGAAAGGGUGGCCAUACCCCCUCAUUAUCCUACCCCAGUUUGGGGGCUAUUGGAUUGAAGGAACCUGCCAUGGCCUCCCCAGAUCGACCUCAGCUCUGCAUGACCUGCCUUCCCCCUGCAGCAGUAAAGUGAAGCUAGAGUGCGACCCCACGGCCAAGCUGUACCGCAAGCACUUCUUGGGGAAGGAGCAUCAGAACUUUUACUCCAAUGACACAACCUUGGGCUACCUGAUCCUUUCUGUGAAGUAUGAGCAGAUUGAGAGGCACGACAACUUGCACCUGCUGCUGAGGACUCGAACUGGUACCAAACACGACCUGAUCCCCAUUUCUUGUCUGAAUGAGUUCCCCAAUGCAGUCCAGAUGGCGAAGCUGCUGUGUGAGGACGUGAAUGUUGACCGAUUCUUCCCUGUCCUCUACCCCAAGGCUUCCCAGCUCAUUGUUGCCUUUGAUGAACACGUCAUAAGCAAUAACUUCAAAUUUGGGGUCAUCUACCAGAAAGCUGGGCAGACCACAGAGGAAGAAGUCUUCAGUAACACUGAAGAGAGUCUGGCCUUCUUGGAGUUCCUGGAGUUCCUUGGAGACAGGAUCCAGCUGCAGGAUUUCCGUGGGUUCCGAGGAGGCUUGGAUGUCAUGAGGGGUCAAACUGGCACCGAAUCAGUCUAUACCAAUUUCCGGGGCAAGGAGAUCAUGUUCCAUGUAUCUACGAAGCUGCCAUUCACAGAGGGAGAUGCCCAGCAGCUGCAGCGGAAGCGUCACAUUGGGAACGACAUUGUGGCCAUUGUCUUCCAGGAUGAAAACACUCCCUUUGUCCCUGACAUGAUAGCAUCUAAUUUCCUGCAUGCCUAUGUGGUGGUACAGCUCGCUCAUGGUGCCAUUGGGGAGACCCUCUACAAGGUUUCAGUAACAGCUCGAGAUGACGUCCCCUUCUUUGGACCCCCUCUCCCAAAUCCAGCCAUAUUUAAAAAGGGUCCAGAGUUUCGUGAAUUCCUCUUGGCUAAGCUAAUUAAUGCUGAGUACAGCUGCUACCAGGCUGAAAAGUUUGCCAAACUAGAGGAGCGGACUCGCAGUGCCCUCCUAGAGAGCCUUUUUGAGGAGCUGCAGCUCCAUAGCCGCAGCAUGAUGGGCCUGGCCUCUGGGGACGAUGACAAGAUGGAGAAUGGGGGUGGUGGCUUCUUUGAAAAUUUCAAGCGGGUGAUCCGAGGCCGCAGCCAGAGCCUGGAUACCAUGGGGAUAGCCAUGAGGAAACAACAGCAGCCGGCAACCCCGCCCAGCCGCCCGGCUACUGCCGGCCUUGCUCUCAACCAGAGUGUCGCCGAGGGCACCAAGGCUAUUGCUGCGUCCUUUGUCCUGCCUGGGAGGAGCCCAUCACGCACCCGAGGCAGCCACUUCCACGGGCGUCGCAGCAGUGCCGUUGGCAUUGAGAACAUCCAGGAGGAGAAGAGGGAUGUUGCUGACAGAAUCCAGAAGGUGCUGGAGAGUCCAGGACCCUUUUUAGACCUGAAGUCUGAUGGCUCCUCCAGUCCCAGUUCCCCAGAGUUCCCAAACAGGAAGAACAAAACCCUCUCCAAUCAAACCUUGGGAUAUUGUGUGAUGCAGCCACUCUCACGCUCCUCAUCCAACGUGAGCAGCUGCUGUAGUGGAGUGAGGGAAAAUGAAACAUCUGAGGAAGAGGAGAAUGAGACGGAGCUGAUGUGCUCUCUUGAGGUUCCUCAGAAGCGGGAUUCCCUGGUUCAGAGUGUGUGGCUGGAUGACAGUGUGGGCACACCCAGUAGUGCUAGCUCACCAGUAACCCGACUGCUCCCUUCUAGCAACACUGCAAGCUCCAUGGAGAAGGGGAAAGGCAGCAAGGCAGAUGCUCAGCGUUACAGCCCGGCCUCCAUUUUGUGUUGUGUGUGAUGUCAUCGCUGGAGGGGUGUCACGGUGCAUGCUGGGUAAUGUACAGGACUUGCUGCUGAAGUGAAGGGCCUGGCUACUCCUUACCUUAGAGAUUCAGAGGAGAAAAGCUGGAUUCCCAAGACUGCUGGCCCUUCUGCUUCCUCCAGUGAUGGUUGUGUCAAAAGCAACCAGAAAACCAACCACGAAACCAAAUGUGACGUUAAUUCAUCCAAGUAUAUCAUUCCAGCUCAGCCAUCUCUGGGGCCAGGAACAAGCUAUUCCACUAGGGGAUUUCCAUACAAUCCCGUGGAGGAGAGAGAGUGAAAAGGGAGCACUUCCAGUUUGUUUUUAUUCCUGGUAUAAAACUUUCCCCAUUGAGUCCAGUGCAGAAGGGUUCAGAUAGCCUGUUCAUGGUCUUCUCUUCUUGGGAAGGCAGCACUUAAGAGUCCAUUCUUGAGGCAGAGAAAUCCAGUUCAUGAUUUCUGCCCUAUGAAUUGACAUGGAAUUUGCCAUUGACCUCCAAGGGCAUUACUGUAACCCUGUCAUUAAAAAGAGGUCCAGGCCCUGAACCCAUUGAGGGCUAUGCCUGUCCCCUCAGAAUGUGUGUACAUGAAGGUCUCUCCUUCCCCCAUCUUCCAUCACACUGCAAACUUAGUGUAGGAAACACUGUCCCGUUAGGAGUCAUUCUUUUUACGGUAACUGAUGAGUUCCGCAGCCUUGUCCUUGAGGAUUUCAUUUUCCCUCUUUAUCGUCUCCCUUUUCUCUCUCUGCACCCUGCAGUAGAAGGAUGUGUAAAUGUGAAUCUCUGACCCUCGCUCCAUGCUUGUGGUGUCUGUGUGGCAUCUUGGCUUGCAAUAAAAGGAGAUUAUGACCAACCAACCCUGGGCGCUGUGAGGCUGUUGCGCUCACCUUCACGCUACAGUCCUCUAGAAAUACUCAUGAUGCUAGGCCAGUGUUUAUUUUGUUGUCAUUGCAGGGGGGGGGGGGUAGAGAGGUGAGAAAGGAGGAGAGAACGAGAGCUUGCUCCACCCACGAAAGGUGACUUCUCACAGUGCUAGUCCCCAAUUCCAAAGCAACAGUCUUUCCCCAACCCUGGUAUGUGUCCCAUCUCCCAGAUUGCCCAGGAGAUCGAAAAAUCAGUCACCCAGGCAGUUCUGGCCCCAGACAAGUCACACUCAUGCCAGGGAGAGCUGUCUCCUAGCCCAAACAUGUUCAGCCAAGGAGGUGGUGACUCCUAGAGUUGAGAUAUUUAACAUAUCUCCCUAACCAAUCUGCUAGGAGUUCUCUCUGCCAGCCAAGACACUAGCACAGCUCUUACUUCAGCACAAGCACAGCCUCACCCAUCAAGGCUUCUUCCAGCUUAGCCCCAACUGGGGGUGACUGUAUUACCUGGGAAAGUAAUAGAAAUUAUGUCAGUCUUCAGUCCCUGCUUUUCUCUCCCUCUAGCCCUGCCUACCACACACACAGGUACAACAUGGGACAAUAGGCUAGCUUUGUGUUUGUUUAUACCAGCUACUGGGGUACUGUUCAGGCAGAAUUCCAAGUUAAAUGGCCCAAGGGUCUGAGACAGACAAGUCACUGUGCCGCUUGAGAUAUCGAUCUGUUCUGAUAUAUUGCUGUAUUUGUUUCUUAUUUUGUGAGGCACCUACUUAUUUUGUGCAUUGUACGGGCACCUAACUCAGGGCUGAGAAUUCCACUAGGCUGCAGGGAUCUAGCUCAAAUGUCAUUUUUCAGAGUAGAAUAAAUUGCACUGGGGGGAGGGGGGGAGAUAAUCAGCCAGUGUGUCCCCACAAUGCAAAAUGUCCAGGCUAACAAUCAGAUUAAAUUUAUUCCAAGUGCAGGAUUCAGAUAAUAUGAGAGAGAGAAUUACAUUAUACGACAACCAAAGAGGCAUUCGAAGUGCAGGGCAAUGCAGGGAUAAUGAGGGGACUGGCAAUAUGGGCUGAGCUGCAAGGCACUGACACAGACAGGACUCAGACCCUGCUCUGAGCUCUCAGCCUGAAAACAAUUUCCUGUAGCCAGGGCAGGACUUUUUUGCAUAUAUAAAAAACUUACAGCUGUAGUUCCCUUAGCAGUUCCCACUGAUCACCAAAUACUGCCCACUUUGGGUAGACG